AUGUGGCAUGAGAAGCCCGCCGUCAUCAUCGACAACGGGUCUGGCCACGUCAAGGCAGGAGUUGCUGACGAGGAAGCGCCACGAUGUGUCUUUCCUGCUGUUGUGGGCAAACCGAAGCAUGCGGCCAUGAUGCCAGGCAGCGACAAGAAAGACUUUUAUGUUGGCGAGGAAGCUAUGGGCAAGCGCGGCGUGCUGUGCUUAUCUUAUCCAAUUGAGCACGGCAUCGUGAAAGAUUGGUCGGAGAUGGAAAAGGUAUGGCAUCACACAUUUUUUGAUGCACUGCGUGUUAACCCGGAAGAUCAAGCCUGCGUUGUUAGCGAGGCACCCAUGAAUCCGAAAAAGAAUCGAGAAAGGAUGGUCGAGAUGUUGUUCGAAAAGUUUAGUUGUCCAGCAGCCUACAUCGUUAUCCAGGCCGUGAUGUCUUUAUACUCCAGUGGCCGCACAACCGGGACCGUGGUGGAUUCUGGCGACGGUGUGACCCACACCGUGCCAGUUUACGAAGGCUUUGCACUGCCUCAUGCCAUUCAGCGGUUAGACCUUGCUGGAAGAGAUCUCUCCGAAUACAUGAUUAAGAUCCUUCACGACAGCGGCCACAAUAUGACGUCUUCAUCUGAGAAAGACAUCGUCCGAGAGAUGAAGGAGACGACCUGCUAUGUUUGCAACGGUGAUUGGAAGACUGAGAUGCAGUCCGCCAAGGAACAUCCGACAGAAUAUGAGAAGAUCUACAGCCUUCCAGAUGGCCAGAAGGUGGCCCUGGGCUCUGAGCGCUUUCGGGUCCCAGAGGUCAUGUUUGAUCCUAUGAUCGCAGGGCGAGAGCUCCCGGGGCUGCAUCAAUCCAUCUAUCGAUGCAUCCAGGACUGCGACAUAGAUCUUCGAAAAGAUCUUCUGAAGAACAUUGUACUGAGUGGAGGCAACACGAUGUUCCCUGGAAUAGCUGAACGACUGGAGUGCGAGCUGAAGGCUUUGGCUCCGCAGAAAAUCAAUGUCAAGGUGAUCGCAAAUCCACAGAGAAGGUUGGCGAAGCUUCCCGACUGUGCUGCGUUUGCACAUGAUGUGCAACUCUCGCAGGUGCCACCUGACGAGAUGGACGUAUUGCGUGUGCUGUUUCGGACUGUUAUGCUGCAGGGGGAAAGUCGAGUGAGCAGCGGCAAGUGCCCGGAAGUGCCGCUGGAGGAUGCGGCUGAAGGCUCCGUUCUGUCAAUGGUGAAGCAUUUCGAGCCUGCGCUUCAACAUUACUGCCUUGCUGCGUCAGACCUGGACGUCUCCCAGGCUGUCCGGCCAUGCCAGCAGCACGACGCCGCAAGCCGACCGGAAGUAGUUGGACUUCUGGAACAGCUCCGCGAGGGUGGAGCUCGUCAGGCUUACUUGACGCUUGCCUCGACAAAUUGUGAACCCUUCGUUCUGCAGCCUCGGGCCCGUUUGAUUCUGGAGAUUCAUGAACUACAUGACUGGAACAGGCAUCAGCGUCGUCUUCUUCACUUGCGCCAGGCAGAGUCCAUCUCCGCUUCGCUCUCUGACCACACGGCAGGGCAAAGGCUGCGGGAAGCUAUUGUGUCUGAAAGCUUGGAGCUCAUUGCUCUUCAGGCCGUGGUGGCUGGCGGAGGAAAGCUGGCGCGGCCUUCAACGAAGCUUCAACAGGGUGUCGAAUGGAACCCUGACAUGGAACAGUCCCUUGUGAAGAUUCUGGAAAGACGAGCUCAACAGCGCCGAAAUUGGUUUCGGAAGCAGCGGGAGUUCUUGCUGCAGGACCUGCGCUGGGAAGAUUGGUCUACCAACUGA